AUGAAACCAUCUAAACUGCAAGAUCAUCUGAGAAGAUGCCACCCUGAUAAAACAGAGAAAUAUUUGAAAUACUUUCUAACACUCAAAGAUAAAUUUCAGAAGAGACCUACACUGGACAGAAUGUUCGCUUCGACGUCACAAAGAAAUGAUGAUGGUUUGCGGGCGUCUUGCAAUAUCUCGUUACUUAUAGCAAAAUCCGGAAAACCGCAUACUAUCGGAGAGAAGGUAAUUUUUCCAGGCGUUGAAGAGGUUUUAAAAACUGUUUUACACGAACCUGCAUCUGAUAUCAUUAAAAGAAUUCCCUUAAGCAACAAUACUGUUGAAAGACGUAUUGAUGAAAUGAGUUCUGAUAUUGAAAGCUUCUUAUGUAAUUAUUUGCAAACAACUCAUUUCUCUAUACAUCUGGACGCAUCAACUUUACCUGAUAAUGCAGCAUUAUUAUUGGCAUAUGUUCGUUUUAUUAUGAAUCAAGAAAUAUACGAAGAACUGCUCUUCGCAAGAACUUUGAUAACCCACACUAAAGAUAACAAAUCAAAACAGCAUUUGAAAAUCACAAGAACAAGACGGGUCAAACAACUGACCAAAAGUUAUCGCUAUCUCUAA